AUGGGACAAGGUACUUCCACCCCUCUCUCUCUCACUCUGGAUCACUGGAAAGAUGUAAAGAUCAGGGCUCAUAACCAAUCCGUGGAGAUCAAAAAAGGAAAAUGGCAGACUCUCUGCUCUUCCGAAUGGCCUACGUUCGGCGUAGGGUGGCCGCCAGAAGGAACCUUUAAUCUCUCUGUCCUUUUUGCAGUUAAAAAGAUUGUCUUUCAGGAAACCGGAGGACAUCCGGACCAAGUCCCAUACAUCAUGGUGUGGCUGGACCUCGCCCAGAGCCCUCCACCGUGGGUGCCGCCCUCCGCCAAAAUCGCUGUUGUCUCUAGCCCAGAAAACACUCGAGGACCAGCCGCAAGGGGGCCAUCCGCACCUCCCCGACCCCCCCUCUACCCGGAAACAGACGACUCUCGGGGUUCGGACCCCCUCCCCGAACCUAGGGUAACACUGACUGUGGAGGGGACCCCCAUUGAGUUCCUGGUCGAUACCGGGGCUGAACAUUCGGUAUUGACCCAACCCAUGGGAAAAAUAGGGCCUAGACGGACAGUUGUAGAAGGAGCGACAGGAAGCAACGUCUACCCCUGGACCACAAAGAGACUUUUAAAAGUUGGAUAUAAACAAGUAACCCACUCCUUUCUGGUCAUACCCGAGUGCCCCGCUCCUCUGUUGGGCAGGGACCUCCUAACCAAACUAAAAGCCCAGAUCCAGUUUUCUGCUAAAGGCCCACAGGUAACAUGGGAAGACCGCAGCCCUACCAUGUGCCUGGUCCUAAACCUAGAAGAAGAAUACCGGCUACAUGAAAAGCCAGUUCCCUCCUCUAUCGACCCGUCCUGGCUCCAGCUUUUUCCCACUGUAUGGGCAGAAAGGGCAGGCAUGGGGCUAGCCAAUCAGGUCCCACCAGUAAUAGUAGAACUAAAAUCAGGUGCCUCACCGGUGACUGUCCGUCAAUACCCAAUGAGCAAGGAGGCCCAAGAAGGCAUCAGGCCUCACAUCCAAAGAUUCUUAAACCUAGGAGUCCUGGUGCCCUGUCAGUCGCCCUGGAAUACCCCUCUGUUGCCUGUAAAGAAGUCAGGGACCAAUGACUAUCGGCCAGUCCAAGACCUGAGGGAAAUUAAUAAGAGGGUGCAGGAUAUACAUCCUACCGUCCCAAAUCCUUACAGCCUCCUGAGCUCCCUCCCGCCUAGCCACACCUGGUAUUCAGUCCUGGAUCUUAAGGACGCCUUCUUCUGCCUCAGACUACAUCCCAACAGCCAGCCGUUGUUCGCGUUUGAGUGGAGGGACCCAGAAAAAGGCACCACAGGUCAGCUGACCUGGACCCGGCUGCCACAGGGGUUUAAGAACUCUCCCACCAUCUUCGACGAAGCCCCCCACCGGGAUUUGGCUCCUUUCAGGGCCCUCAACUCCCAGGUAAUAUUACUCCAAUAUGUGGACGACCUCCUGGUGGCGGCCCCCACAUACAAGGACUGCAAAAAAGGGACACAAAAACUCCUACAGGAGUUAAGUAGCAUCGUGCGGCAGCCCCCCGACCGAUGGAUGACCAACGCUAGAAUGACUCAUUACCAGAGCCUACUACUAAAUGAAAAGGUAACGUUCGCUCCCCCUGCCAUCCUAAACCCAGCUACCCUACUACCAGCCGAACCGGAAGCCACCCCAGUGCACAGGUGUUCCGAGAUCCUCGCCGAAGAAACUGGGACUCGCCAGGACCUCAAGGAUCAGCCAUUGCCUGGGGUGCCAACCUGGUAUACGGACGGUAGUAGUUUUAUUGCGGAAGGUAGACGGCGGGCAGGGGCCGCCAUCGUAGAUGGCCAGCGGACGGUGUGGGCGAGCAGCUUGCCGGAAGGGAAAAGAAUUCAUUCAACGGCUACACCGGCUGACACACUUGGGACCAGCAAAACUUCUCCAAUUGAUAAACCGCACCAGCCUCCUCAUCCCAAACCUCUCGUCUGCAGUUCGCGAAGUCGCCAGUCAGUGUCAAGCUUGUGCCAUGACUAA